CGAUUCAAGUCUAGAAACGAAUCACCACACGACAACUCAGGCCAGACAUCACGGAAGAUGUAGUUUUUGUUUUGUGGAUUUUUUUUUAUUCAUUUGUUUGAUUAAUAAGAAUCAGCUAGCUAGAGGUAAACCUCUCGAUACGUACGUGUCAUAACACUAGUGGCUAAAAAAAAUUUAGCUCUGUUUAUUUUGAUAAUCUAUUAGGGAUUUCUUUCAAAACACAAUUUGACGUUUGCUGUUAUUUCUAUCAUCAAGUUUGUUGGCUUAAAUAAAGAAAUCCAAUAUGGCUGACAAUUUUGAUCCCUGUGAAUGUGUUUUCUCUCAUGAAGGAGCAAUGCAACGUCUUAUAUCCCUGCUACGAAGCUCUCAAGGCUAUUGUACCACUGAAGAAUGCUUUACUAAUCCUCCUGGCCCAACAGUAUCUGAAAGUGGAGGAACUGAUGGAACCAUGAUGAUGUUCACUAUGGGAUGGUUGUUGUUGGCUCUAGUCUUGUAUUUUAUGCGCCCAGCUUCCUUAUCUCUACGAGGAGAUUCUAAGCCUUCGAACAAUCAAGGACCUAGUCAACCACCUCCUGACAGUUCAGUGCAAUAAUAUGUUUAUCUGCUACAAGAGAUUUUAUAUUUUGGUUCGACUUCAAUGAAGGACUCUGGCUUUAAUGAAUGCAUCAGAAGAAUGUUAAAUUUUUAUACACAAUGUACUCCUUAUUUAUUACUGAAUGCUGCAGUGCACUGAAGAACACAUAUUGUUCUCUAUCCAAAAAAGGAAAUUAUUCCUUAAUAUUUAGCAUUUUUCUGAUGCACCAUUUAAUAAUCAUAAAUCUGCAAAAUAAGUUAUCACAGUGAUAAUUUUUUCAAAAAAUCUUUGCACAAAUUUUCUGAAAUUGUACUAAAAAUGUUUUCUUUUUUUUUGCAUUAUUUUAGAUCUGUGGUUCCCUAAUCAGGAUAUUAACAAAUCCUAAUCCUGCUUAUAGUAGUUUUUAUAUGUGAGAAUUCACUGCCUAUCUUAAAAGAGUGAAAUGACUUUAGAUUUGGCUAUAAAAUUUAUAAGCUAUGCAAUAGGCGGCUCUACAAUAAUCUAAAAUAAUAGUGAAAAAUUAAUGUUGCUAAAAUUUCUUAUUAUCAUUCAAUGUAACUGAUUAAUAAUGAGAAAAUGUAGACAGUACUAACUUAAAUAUGAAAAUAGUUGAGAUGAAAUUUAUGUCCGAUUAUCAUUUACCAAAUGUUAAUUUUCCUUUCACCCCAAAUUUCUGAUCUCUUUUUCUUAUUUUUUAAAAAAUUUAUAUGAUGUGUUAAGAAAUUAGCAAGGAAUUAAUAAGAAUCAAAUGUAGAGAAAAUGCUGGAAAUUUUAUAUUCAUUAGCAAUUCCUUUUCACCAUUGAAGGUUUCACUUGACACUGGGGAACCACAAAUGUAGAGCAUUCCAUUCUAGAGUAAAAUUUUCCUUAUUUUAAAUACACUGCGAUGGGAGCAAACAGCUUGAAUAUAGUGUAAAUAACUUGCACGAGUGUUUUUGGUCUGACCUAAAUGUUAUUUCUCUUACGCUGUGAUCAUAAUCCGCAUUUAUAAACCGUGUGCUUAUUAUUUACUGAUAUCAUUUAUUAUUUUUUUGCAUUGUGUAUGAACGCUUUUUAGCAAGAUAUUUAAACAAAUAUUACUAAGUUAUUUCUUGUUAUGUAUAAUUAUAAAUUUAAAACUGCUGCAUGUAGUUGCAAAUAUUGUUAUCCAAAGGAUUCACAUAACAGUUCCUUUGGCACUGUUUAAGGAAUUUUGAGUUGUAUUAUAUUUCUUGUAUAAAUAAUGGUUUUGGUAUUUUCUUUGUAAAUUGUUGUAUAAUAAUAAAUUAGUUGUUAAAACUUUA